CGAGGUUUCAUUGGGAGAGAAAGUCUCAGAUAAUUAAGUGCACUUUUUCUCUUCACAAGUCAGUGCUGCUUCUGCUGCUCACACAGGAAAAAAGUAAGAACAUCCUAACAAUGGCUUCCUUCAACAAAGGUCCUGCGUAUGGAUUAUCAGCCGAAGUCAAAAACAAGAUUGCGCAGAAGUACGACAUUCAGAAGGAAGAGGAGCUCAGGGUCUGGAUCGAGGACAUCGGGGGCUCCACCAUCGGACCCGACUUCCAGAAGGGCCUGAAAAAUGGAAUCAUUCUUUGCGAACUUAUUAACAAACUCCAGCCAGGCUCUGUGAAAAAGAUCAACAAGUCUGCGCUGAACUGGCAUCAGCUGGAGAAUCUGACCAAUUUCAUCAAAGCCAUCACGAUAUACGGUCUGAAGCCCCAUGAUAACUUUGAAGCCAACGACCUGUUUGAGAACGGCAACAUGACCCAGGUCCAGACGACGCUGCUCGCUCUCGCCAGCAUGGCGAAGACCAAGGGCUGCCAGACGCGGGUGGACAUCGGCGUGAAGUACGCCGACAAGCAGCAGAGGAUGUUUGAUGAGGAGAAGAUGAAGGCUGGACAGUGCGUCAUUGGUCUGCAGAUGGGGACCAACAAGUGUGCCAGUCAGGCAGGUAUGAAUGCGUACGGCACCAGGAGGCAUUUAUAUGACCCCAAAGCUCACAUCCAGCCCCCGAUGGACAACACAACCAUCAGUCUGCAAAUGGGAACCAACAAGGGAGCGAGCCAGGCUGGGAUGACUGCUCCUGGGACGAGGCGAGCAAUCUACGACCAAAAGCUGGGCACAGACAAGUGUGACAACAGCACGAUGUCUCUACAGAUGGGCUACAGCCAGGGUGCUAACCAGAGCGGGCAAAACUUUGGCCUGGGGAGGCAGAUCUAUGACGCCAAGUACUGUCCUAAGCCCGGAGAGGUUCCAGGGGACGAGAACGGAGCCAGCAGCGGGCACGACUACAUUCCCGAUUACCAGGAUGAGGGUUACCAGGGUUACCAGGAAGAGGAGCGGGUGUACCAAGAGGAUGGGACGGAUUACUAGAGCUAGAGGGAGAUGAGAAAGGAAAAGGGAGAUUGUGUAAAGGUGGCAUCUUAUGCAAGAUGCAGGCAGGUGGUUUAUUUUUAUACCUGCAGGAUGCUGCACCUUUGUUUAAGGUCACAUCCUUUUUAGUAUUGUUAUGAAAUGAUGUCCUAGUUGUGCAGAACCAUCAACACACAUAUCAUGAUGAACUGUAUUUCUGUUCCUUUUUUUUUCUUUGUAUUUAAAGUGACAACAAAAGGUAUUUGUUUUGUUAAACUAGUUCAUCACGGGGAUUCAUUUUUAUGGGCCAAAGUUCAACCUUUUUGUUCCUCCUACUUUUUAUUUUCCUUUUGCUGGUUCAUUAGUUGUAUGAGGGGAAAUCACACUCGCUAAGAAGAGUUUAAAAAUUACUUUUAUUUUUUUGUCCCAAAGGUUAUUAAAUGUCUGUUACUUUGAAAAUACCUGUGCUUAUGUUUGUUAUGGCUGUAUCUUGUGCACACGAUUCCUGUGAAUGAGAAUGUACAUUUCUAUACUAUGUCAGUAUCAUCUUCAUUCUUUCAGUAUUGGUCAUUGAAAUUAUACAUUCUUUCUUUCUUUCUUUCUUUUAUAUUUUUUUUAAAGACAUUUAAGGGAACAAUGUGGAUUUAGUGAGAGGAAAAGUGCUCUUAUCAGUUUAAAAACUCAAUCUUUUCUAUCAUUCCUUUGUGUUGCUCUGUAGUGAAGGAAAUGGUUCCUUUUUGUUUGCAUAACCAGUCGAGCUGGAGGGAGGCUUGUUUUCUUUGGAUUGAAGACAAUGGAGGAGUGGAAAAUGUAAUACUCAAGUGAAGUUUUUAACAUUCCAAGCAAAAAUACUGGAUUAUUUUUUUUCUAAGUGAAUUGCUCUGAAACAAUGGUUGACAUGUGAACCAGUCCUACAAUUAUAUUUGAUCAUUUAUUUAUACAUAUUUGUGAUCUGAAGGGAGUUAUUUUGUAUCUUGACUCUAAAUAACAUUUGAUAUUAGCUAUUUUUCCAUUCCUCUGGAAUAAUUAUACCUAUAGGAAAAAAUGACCUGUGAGUAUUGUGUAAUAAAAAUGUAUGCAUUAUUUGACUCAA